GGUGAAGAAAAGUCAAAGGGCUGCUGACCAGUAGGGAGCGGAAGGAAAUAAUUUAGAGAACGUUGAUGGAGAAAAUCUUAUGGGGACAAAAAGAAAGAACCGCGCAGCGAUCUACUUUUGAAGGCAAUGAAUCUACUCGCAGCGGACUUCGCAGAGCCACCUUAGCACGGGACCUGCACCUCCCACCUUCGCAAGUCCAAUCACAAGAUGGCGAUCCCUGCCCUGCUCGAGGUUGAGAUUCUCGAGGGGUCGGGGUUUAAACACGAGGGCUCGCACAUGGUGGAGGCCAGAGUCGAUGGCUUUCCGCCGCAGAGGACCGAGUGGGCGACGGACGAUGAUUACGCGUUCUUUUCCGGCGGAAGAACCGGAAAACGGUUUCUCAGCAGCGGUCCCCAUGGCUGCAUGCAGUUCAACAACGUCGUGUAUCUGCAACAGAUGGACCGGUUUGUCUACUUCACUUUGAUUCACAAACGCAUGUUUUCCGACCACAAGCGGUGUGGCGAGGCGUUCGUGAAGCUAGCCGCGCCCGUCGAGAAGAGCGUGUCGACGGCGAAGCUUUUCACCGUCGCGUUGGAGCACAAAAUGCGGUUCGCUGGGUCGCUACAGGUGCGGAUUUCCUACAGCUACCUCUCGCGGAACGGGCAGGCGCCGCGGAUCGAGCGCCCGACAGGAGGAGCAGCGUAUGCGAGUGCAAGAACAACUACUACAUCCAGAGUCGGAGCAUCUACAUCAAUGGCAGCCCCGCCGCGCGCUGGCACAACUUAUGCGCCUCGUGCGGACGGGAGGGUUCUCUCCGAGGAGGAGGCGACCCGGCGGGAAAUCGAGAAGGCUUUGCGCGCGGACGGCGGAGAUUUGAGCGCGCAGGCAGCGAUGCUGAACCAGUUUGAGCAGCGGAAGCAAGCCUCCUCGCCCUCCGCCUCCUACCAUGCCUCCAGUCCCAGCAGUCAUGGUAGGGGCUCGCCGGCGUCCAGCCCCGGAGGCAGUUCGCCCGGCACCACCAGCCCGGCGAUGAGUCCGCAAAUGGGAACAAAUGUCGAACAAAGAGCCAGGCCACGAGGGCCACCACCGCGUGAUGUAGCGGCAAGUGGUCCUAAGAGCACCUCGUCCUCAUCCCGCGUGCACUAUGUCCACGAGCCCCCGCCAACGCCACCGGACAGUCCCUUUCGCGGUCCGGGCUUCAGCAGCGCUGGUAGCUCGCCCGUACCGCCGUCGGCUGGUGGUCGUGUGCAACCGAAUGGAAGUAGCCGUCAUGAUCAGCAGUCCUCUUCGACUUCCGGCCGGCGAGGAGAACCGCCGCCGAGCAACUAUGGCAGCAGCAGUACUAGCAACGCGCACACGAAUUAUAGUACAACUAGUAGACCACAAGGCGCCACGAGUACAACUUCUAGUGCGGCAGCAGCUUCUAAAGGCAGACCACCCAACACUGCAUCAGCAAGCGCCCCCGCGGGUGCGACGAGGCGCGCGACGGACCCAAGACCCGACCCCCGCCCGAAGAGCACCGGUGGUGGCCCUACAAGUGCCUCGGCGGGUGCGAAGUCAAAUGAUAACCAUCAAUCGCAGCCGCCGCCGAAGUAUGAAUUGCAAAAGCAUCCGCAUCGUACUCAGUAAAGAUCGCAUGACAAAUUGGCUCAGUAUGAGAAACGAAAUUUGUCACGCGAACUCACCUCAAGAAGGCGAUCGAAAUUUGUAAAUGCAUGAUUGUGAUUUUUACGCGAUACUUUUGCACAGGAUACGAAGAAGAAAGCCGCGCCGCCACCGCCGGAGCCGGAGAUUGACCCGGAGGAAGCGAUAUGCACUCCGCAAAUAUUUAUAAUGUCGGGGUUUGGAAAGUUCGACUUCGAACUUGUGAUGCUGGUCUUACUUUCCUGCGAAAUCUGUAUUGCAUAACAAAAGCCGCAGCCUCUUUUGUCAUGCAAAAACGCACUUUCUGUUUGUGUUUCUCAUGCGAGCUGCGUAUGCGAAAGCGUUCUCGAGGACGAAAGUGGUCAUGCUUGGCUUCAUUCGGAAGCGUUUCCACCAUCGUUCACAUUUUAGCAUCACAAGUAUUUCCAGACCGCCCAGAUUGAUGAUUUGCCCUGCAUAAGCGAAGCGAGAAAAAGAGCUGGAGGAGAAGAGGAAGGAGAUCAAAAUGCAAGCCAGGGCGAGCCAGCUGGCGAAAGUGCGGGCCAUGAGCGACACCUCGUCUCCGUCGCCCGCGACGAAGUCACCGUCACCAGUGUCCCCGGUGCAGCGGCGGGUCAUCGUAGAGAAGGUGCGCAGCCCGGACACAGUGGGGGCCGCGUCAUCAUCGGUGACCGCAAGCCCGUCCGGGAAAGACGUAAGUAGUCCCGACGUGUCCGCAUCUGGCAGUCCCAGCGCUGCGGCCGGGGGUGCGACGACGCCGGCGAAGGCCGCGUCGAGUAUUGAUCCGAAUAUGAAAGCGAGCAGUGCUGGGGUGAACAAGAAAAACAGCGAAGCUGCUGGUGGUGAUGGAGCGAAAGAACCGCAACAACAGCCCGCACCGGACGACGAAACUGCAACAGGAACAACACAUCAAUUUAGGUCGGCCGCUUCGAAACAAGCCAGCGCCCCCGCCACGGCUUCAUCAUCAUCUGGGCUACCAAGAAGUAAAGCGUCAGCUGCGUCCGCCACCACCCCUCCUCCCGCAGUGGUUUCAACGGCACCAGCAACAACUGGUGCUCGCGAUCCGUUUGACUUUGAGGUGCCGAGCGAGAAGGGCGAGCGCUUGCGCAAAUUCCUCCAUUAUCCACGAAAAGAACGUUGUUAGUGUAAAUUUGUGAUUCGCAACAUGCAAGAUGAUUGCGUCCGUCAUGCUUGGCAUCCAUUGUAGGGUCCAUCAAAGGGCGUUUUCACGACGUACUAUCUGCGCAUGACAGGUUUUUGCUGUCAUGCCAGACAGAUAUGCUGUUCCUCCAAAAAAGUUACAAUGUUUUUUUUUCUUGGAUAUCCAUACGAAGAGGAACAGUACGAGCACUCGUGGUCCUGUUGCAGGACCUGCUGCCAACAAUCCCUACAACGACGCAGUUUACGGACACGGGCAGAUGAUGGCCCCGAAGACAGAACGCUUUAUGGAAUAGGGAAUAGGGAGAGAUAGGGAGAGUAGGGAGAUAGGGAGAGUCCCCCUAAAAGGGGGCAGCAAAAACAAAACCAAACUGAUCGCAAACAGCAUGGCACGGCCACGACAACAUCUUUCGAAAUCUGGGGUGGAAAUGCUUCCGAGUACCCCCCUCCUCGGCGGCUCCUCCCGGGGUCGGGGAGGCGCGGAACCUUCCCUGAGGGGAUUUAUCCUCUUGCGGGCCCGUAAGGCUCAGGUCUUGCUCAUCAGCUGGCGAAGGCGGAAAGGUAAAGUGGCCAUUUCAAAUUUCCUUCGAUGAGGGAAAGUUGAAGUGGCCAUUUCAAAUUUUCCUCGAUGGGGAAAGUUGAAAUGGGCAACUCGAUUUUCCUUCGAUGAGGGAAAGUUGAAGUGGCCACUUCAAAUUUCCUUCGAUGAUUCAACGGGCGCGCGGUGCUCGUUCGCCUUCGAAUCGAUGCAACGCGCGCGCGUGCAUGAAUGCGCGCGCGAAAUUUUUUUUGGUUCUACGGCUUACCAAAACGGAGCAUACCAUCGCGAUUCAAGGGGAAUUAGGUUUACCACGGCUCUCCCUAUUGACCUAUUCUCCCUAUUCCGCUCUCCCUAUUCCCUCGAUUCACUACAGUCAUAUAUACAACAAUCCCUACAACGACGCAGUUUACGGACACGGGCAGAUGAUGGCCCCGAAGACAGACCAAGCAGUUAAUCUAUAUACUAUAGGGGCAAGAAAUGUACUUGCUCCUCCCAAAGCUUCUGAAGGUUUGACCUUCUGAAGAGCUUCUGAAGGAAAAAACUUGAUUUUCAACCUUCAGAAGGUCAAAAAAACUGGCCGGCUAUUUUUCAGUGUAAAAAGCGCAGCAUGAGCUCGCGCAAACGAAAUCAUCGCUCAUUUUUUGCAACCUUCAGAAGGUUCAGUCUUCUGAAGGUUUUUUUUCACCUUCUGAAGAAUUUUUUCGAUUUUUUGACAAAAAAUUCUUCAGAAGACUAAAAAAACGACUUUUUGAAACCUUCAGAAGGCAGGCAUUCUUCUGAAGAAGUGCGUUUUAUGCCGACGUCCGAAACCUUCAGAAGACUGCCAUUUUUUAAACUCAAAAAAUGACGCAAAAUCAGGACAAUCAAAAAAAACUAAGAAAAACCUUCAGAAGACUAAAAUUUCUUCUGAAGGUUUUUCGAAAAUUGUCGCACUUUGACAAAAAUGAAAAAAAUAAAAAAAACACACCUUCAGAAGACUUUGAUUUUUGAGUCUUCUGAAGGUACAUCUUCUGAAGAACCUUCAGAAGGUCCAACACAAUUUGGUGUUUUUGUUGCGCGCACCCAACUAAAAACUCGAUUUUUUGUAAAAACGUGCGCAAAAAACCUUCAGAAAGAUCUUCAGAAGCUUCGGAGCUUUUUCUGUUGCGCCGCCGAUUUGUUGUUCGAGCGCCAAAAGCACUUUACUGCCACCUGUUUUUUCCUAAAUGCAAGAAAUAUUAUGAAUGGGUCUGUCAAGUAUUUCUGUUUUCUUGUUGAGGAUUUUUUCCAAGCGGUGGACGGCAGAACGCAAUGAGAUCGAAGUUGCUGCUCCGCCUCAAGCUCAUUUUUUUUUUGUGCUACGAGUGGAUUUACGACAUGACGCUACGAGGAGGACAAGUUUAUGGCGGACGCUGCGAGAAGCAGAGAUCAGGCGCAAACUGGACAACCAAAACUGAACGAGCACCUCGGCACUCUAUCCUUAGGCAAUCCUCAACAACAAACAUGAAAAUACUUGACGCGCAAAUAUUUUUUUUCUUUCAUAAUCGACGGGAAGAGCAAGUACGAGGCUUGCCCCGCGACGCAGUCGCGUGGAUUGGUUCUUACGGACACGGGCAGAUGAUGGCCCCGAAGACAGACCCAGUUAAUUGAAGGACUAUAAGGGAAAAAAUCAAAACUACCUUCAGAAGAAAAUUCUUCAGAAGACUCUUCAGAAGAGUCGACGAACCUUCUGAAGGUUCUAAAAAGAGCAGUUCAAAAAACGACCAAAGUUGAAAGGGAGUCAGAUCCUGCGCCGCGAAAAUUUAUUUUUUUUUGUGAACCUUCAGAAGGUAAUUACCUUCAGAAGGUCUGACUUUGACCUUCAGAAGGUUUUUGAUCAAAAAAAUCUUCUGAAGGUUUGGCACGCGUUGGCUUUGGACCUUCUUGAAGGUUUUGACCUUCUGAAGGUUAGUUUUUCAAAACCUUCCUGAAGGUUAAAAAUGAAAAGGGUCGCUUUUUUCCAAAAAAUGCAAAAAAAAAGGGCCAACCUUUUUUGACCUUCUGAAGGUCGAAAAACCUUCAAGAAGGUCUUCUGAAGGUUGGAGGCUGAAAACCUUCUGAAGAAUUCUUCUGAAGAAAUGUCGGCUCUUCUGAAAGUUUCUUCAGAAGGUUUCUCCUGAAGGUUUGCCGAGCGUUCUCCGCGAUGAGAAACAAAUUGCGCAACGAAAACGCCGCGACAGUGGCGCGAAAAAAGUGCAAAAGUGAAAGCUUUGCCAAAGCGCAACGAUUCCGGAUCUGAUUCUGCAACAAGAUGCAAAGUGUCUUGUUGCAGAAUCAGAUCUCCGCUUCACCGGAUCCGCAGCAAGGCCAAUGCGAGCGAUGCUGCCCUGCGUUCAUUGACUCUUGCGGGCGGUACGCCGCCGGAAGCUAGUAAGCUAGGGCGCUCAGUCUCUGGAAGCUAGUAAGGCCAAUUUCUCGGCUGGGCCAGGGGUCUGACAAAAGUUGAAGCCAUCAAAAAGGGCAAAAGGAUUCAGGAUCUGACUACGUAAAAAAACUGCAACGCUUCGCCUUUCCUGAUCUGGUGCGCAGCUUUUUCCUGGGUUCAUGAGUUACGCCACGAGACGCACCAGGCGAGCUUUUUCCUGGCUUCUUCCUGAUCUGACCGGCCCUCUGAAGAGUUGCCAAUAAACCCGGCCACUUUUGUAAAGCGAGACGCGGCAGCGGCCCUCAAAGAUGGGGGCUAGAAGCCGGCCGCCUUUGGCUUUUCCAAAUUUGGCCACCCUGAGAGAAACCAGACGGGGCUACUUUAUUAGGGGCGAAAAAGAUUUUUUCAAGACAGACACAGAAUGUGACAGAGAUGCGGGCCAAUCUUAGUUCUAUUCUGAAGAGUUGUCGCAUUUUUUCCCACGCGGCGCACGCCGCGUGGAUUGGUUCUUACGGACACGGGCAGAUGAUGGCCCCGAAGACAGACCAAGAGUCCUUCUCUUCCAGUUCCUCGGGCGGAUCCCCGUUUUCGCGCGUACCCGGCCCUGGCUUUGCGUACUCUCCGUUUUCGUCCACACUGCCGCCGGAGGGCCGCGUGGGAAUAAUCAAUGCAGCUACCGGGGGAACCGGAACAAGUAGGGGCUAUAAUAAUCUUCACACCGCCCCGCGACCGCCGGUAAACUACAUGUCCUCGAAAGAGCACGUUGUGCAGCCUCCGCUUUACGGCUAUGGAAAUCUUCAUGCCGAUGCCGGGCCCGGGGGCGGUUCUUUUCAACAAGCGCCACAUCAAGGGCAACAUAUUUACAACUUGCAGCCCGAAGAUCAUGUUGACACUUCUGUGUAUAAUCAUCAUUCUGGCCGCCCACCAGCAGCAGAAAUUGCCGACUCGCAAGUAGAGCGGCCAGGAGCUGCUGCGACGGCGACAGGGGCGCACGGACCGUUCUACAACCCGCCGGGUGUCGUGGGUCGAGUGGCAGGACAAGAGAGGUUCUUUAAUGGGAACAUGAACAACAUCAACGCGCAAAAUGAUUAUACCAGCGACAACUACGGACACGCACGACAUCCUCCUGCAGGGGUACCGAAUUUGAUUCCGUCUGGCGCCACCUCCGCGACGAAUUUUUCCUCGCACUACUCGCAGGGAGGUUUGUCGUCCUUCGUGAUGCCAGCAGACCCAUACGCCGGUCCACCGUGGGCCCCCGCUCCAUCGCAGUUUUUGUCCUUGCACGGCCCGGGGUUCGUGGCGCAGGGAGACCUUCCCACGAGUGCGCUCCAUUUUGAUCAUAUUCCCGCUUCGCACCAACACCAAGCCGGGAGGGGAAGGGCCGCGGCCCAACCAAUGUCGGUGAAGAUCUUUCCUGGUCAAGAACUACAUGCUCCUGCUGCAGCUCCUCCAACAAGCGAGACGAUCGUUCCAAGAACGAUCGUGGAGCAACGAGAGCCGAACCAGACGGCCUCUAGAAGUACUACAGUUGUGCGGAAAGAUUUGGAGAUCAAGCCGAAGCGACUUUGGAACGACGAUGAUCCCUGGACGUCGAGUGUGAUCCUCAGUGAAGAUGAGGAGGACGAAAGAGCCGCUCAAAAGUUCCUCGGCCCCUCUGGACAGUUACAGUUGUCCGGAAAGAACAACUCUGCGGGACUACAGUGGGAAAGUUUCCUCGGUCGCAUCAACGACGACAGCAGCGACGGGGAGGCACACUGGCUGGACGACGAGGUGGAAGAUUUUGUUGGAACAAAACCCCUAUAUGCCACCACCAACCAGGAGACGCAAAUAGAGACAGCCCUGCAGGUAGCGAAGCCGGGUACUGCGGGUCGUGCACUGCGGCUCAAUCUGGGUAGUAGUCGUUCCGCAAAUAACGACGCGACUUCCACGCUGCCUGGAAAGAGCCGAAACCCAUUUGCGGAAGUUGUAGAGCUGCCCGGGGGCAGCUCGAGCUUGCUAAGUAGUGGAGGAGGGCGGGGCAGUAGUACAACGACCGAGAUGAUGAUGAAUUCUGUGGCAGUAGAGGACACGACGUCAAGAGGACAUUAUCAUCGUCAUCAUCAUCAUCGUCUUUCUAGCGGACAGCAGACGACUUUUGAAGACUUGAAGAUUCAAGUUCAGGAGAUUCUGAAUGCAGUAGCGGUCGUGAACAGAACAAGCAGUACUUCUGGUUCAUUUGGGAAGAUGCCGCGACAAACCGAGACCACGACGCCAAAAAUUGCUGACCACGACGUCCACAGUAGAGGCCAACAAAAUAGUAUUAAACUGCCUUCCACGAAGAUGAAAGAACUACAAGCCCCUGCAGCUCAUGUGCUCUCCGGCACUGAUCUGCACCUGUCCUUGAGCAUCCGACAGCAAAUGACUUUCUACGACGAAGACCACGCGCGCAGGCCCGCCCUCUGGUUCGAUCCCGACCGCGAACAGAAACUGAAGCUCGCCGCGGAAAGCGAACGGCAGAAACGGUUUGCGACGUUGCUGCGCAGUGUGACUCUGGAUCAACAGGCCGCGCCGAGCGUCGACGUGCAGGCGGUGCUGCGGGAGCAUAAAGAAGGAGCAGUCUUGGUUGUGAAGACUGAUGCUACAAAGGAAAUAAUUAAAACCGCUACUUGUAGUUCUACCGCCGAGUUGAUGUUGAAUACAAACAGUACUAGCGGGAGGUCCUGCGGCUUCAGCGGGGGAAAAAUCCUGAAUGGGGACGUCGAAAACAGUUCAAAUUCUUCUAUCCUAUGUAGAAACGUCCGCACCCCAGAGUCAAGAUGGGGAAUCGGCUAGACAAAUCGACAAGUUUUGGCUGUUUUGCAUGACAAAUUUGGACUCGUAGUGUAGUGCUGUUGGAGGUAGUUCAGCAGCAUAACAGAUCUAGUAUACCAUUCUGAUUGGAGCAUGACAAAUUCCAAAACACGAAUAGAAAACGCUUCUCUAUGGGGCUCUGCAUGAGAAACAUUCUCAGCAUGCAGAUUUGCAUUACAACUGUGGGAUGGGGACGUUUUUAAAUACGAUAUCUUCGUCCCCUUCGUCAGGAGAUCUACUCUGGAUGAACGGGGAAAAGAACGACCCGAAAAAAAUAAAUGGUGCGACCAUUCUUAGUUCAUCUUCUUCAUCAUCCUCCGCUUCCAGAACUGUGGAGGAACAGAUGGCUUCACCACCCCCACCGCCACCACUGGAGAAAGGAGUAAAUGAAAAGACAGCUGUAUACAGUGCAAAAGUGUAUCGUCUUCGUCCGAGGAAGUAUCUAUGUUGAAUCGCAUGACAAAUUUUCUCACAAAGAAAAUUGGUAGUUGUCAUGCAUGGCUAGUGCUAUUGGCAUUGGUACGAGCAGUUGUACGAUAUUAUCUGUUGCAAUGCAUAAGCUGCUGACUCUGGCGAGGUGAAGGCUCCCGUGAACGCGGGUUUUUCAGAACUGUUGCAGUUCGCAGCAUCCUGAAGAUCAUGCGUGUGAAGGAUCAUCGUAUGCGCGUUUUAUACUAACCGCAUCUAGCUAUUUCUAGGAGUAGCAUGCUGGCAUGCGACAGACGACGAACAUACUAGGUUAUUUUUCACGACCAUGGAUAUUACAAGAAGAUAAAAGAGAAACACACGGUGGAGGUCCUCGCAGCACUACACAAAGAGCGCGCGUUUUUGAGUUGAUGUUGAUGCUUUACCUAGUUGUCAAACGACUAGCAUGAAGAUUUUUCAUGGCAAGAAGCAUGUUUCAAAGGAUCUUGUUUUGCUCAACAGAUUUUGAUGUAGUUAAAGCAAAAAUAUAGACGUAGUGUUCGCGCAAAAAA